AGGGUUUAUUACUGGAAACCUCCAGGCAGCGCUGAAUGGUUUUGAUGGACUAACGUGCAGGAAAUUAGUCAAGGCUCAAGCUCUCAUUGAUGUGAACUUCUGAUAUGUUUGAUCUGGCCGAAGAUCCCUUUGGGGGCAUUUUCUAUUUUAAAGGGGUAUUCCAGGAAAAAAACAAUCCGCUGCUGAAGUUGAGUUGUUCUUUUCUGUCUGGAAACAGUGCUCUCUGCUGACAUCUCUGCUUGUCUCUGGAUCUGCACAGAGUAGAAGAGGUUUGCUAUGGGGAUUUGCUUCUAAACUGGGCGGUUCCUGAGACCCGUGUCAUCAGAGAGCACUUAGACAGAAAAGAACAACUCAACUUCAGCAGCUCAUAAGUACUGAAAGGAUUAAGAUUUUUUAAUAGAAGUCAUUUACAAAUUUGUUUAACUUUCUGGAACCAAAAAAAAAAAUCCCUGGAUAACCCCUUGAAAUGUAACAUUGUUUGGGUAUAUUGGCCCAGUUCAGUGUUUUUAUGCUUUGUUACUUUUUCCUCUUGGUAUUAUGAUAUAUGGUGUAGUGUGAUCCCACGCUUCCUGAACAACAAUAUGGCUGACUGGAAUUUAUGACAUUAUUAUGUCCCCUUUCGUAUGAUCAUAAGACUUGCGUAAAGGUGGCCCUGAGGACCCGAUAGGAACCCAUUGACCAUGUUGGAGCCCUUACAAGAUGACGAGAAGUCGUCAUUGGCAGCUCUUCAUUCCUUGGCGCAGAGCUUAAAAAAACUGGUGCCCGCCGCCGGGUCCUAUUGGAACAUGGAGCAACAUCAGCUACUGGAUUUAAAGAGGCCGUGGGCAUGGAACUGCAGCAAACCCACGCCGCAGAUAAACCCGCCCGAGCCGUAUUCCGAACUCUUAUUGACUUUUCGAACUCAGGAUCAAUGUCGAAACCACAGAAUGAUCAUAAGUCAACCGGACAAAUGUCCGCACAACAGGACUUUUCUUCUUCUGGCCAUCAAGUCGUCUCCACAGAACUUCGCACAGAGACAAGCAGUAAGGGGCACCUGGGGGGCAGAGAAAAUGUAUGGUGGGAAGCACGUAAGAUUAGUCUUUCUCCUGGGCACCAUGCCAAUGCUUGAUCUAUCUCCUCUCCUGGAGUAUGAGAACAGUCAGUCUCAUGACCUUCUUCAAUGGGACUUUGCAGACACCUUUUUUAACUUGACAUUGAAGGACCAGCUCUUUUUAGGUUGGGCGAGGACCUAUUGUGCCAAAGCCACCUACAUACUAAAAGGAGACGAUGAUGUUUUCGUCCGGACACCAAACCUUGUGCAUGUUCUGACCUUACUGAGCAGCCAUAGGCAUCACCCGCUCUAUAUGGGACACGUAGUCAAGUUGGCCAAACCAUACAGAGACCCUAAAAGUAAAUACUACAUCCCUACAUCUUUCUAUAUGGGCAUGUACCCACCUUAUGCAGGAGGAGGAGGGUAUGUGUUUUCUGGAUCUCUCACCCCCUGGCUCUACUUGGUGUCCCAUUUCGUCUUCCCGUUUCCCAUUGAUGAUGUCUACACUGGAAUGUGCUUUAUGGCUCUGGGGGUGAGACCGGUCGGACACCCUGGUUUUAAGACAUUCAAUACGCCAAAGAAAGAGCAGUCGUCCACUUGCUUGGAGAAAAACCUUCUUUUGGUACAUCAAAAAAGCCCCAAGGAACUGCUGAAGAUGUGGGGGGAGGAUUUGGAGCCGACACAGCAGUGCUCAUAGCGUUGCUUUAAAGGGGUAUUCCAGGAAAAAACUUUUUUUUAAAUUAUAUUUAUCAACUGGCUCCAGAAAGUUAAACAGGUUUGUAAAUUACUUCUAUUAAAAAAUCUUAAUCCUUUCAGUACUUAUGAGCUUCUGAAGUUAAGGUUGUUCUUUUCUGUCUAAGUGCUCUCUGAUGACACCUGUCUCGGGAAACGCUCUGUUUAGAAGCAAAUCCCCAUAGCAAACCUCUUCUAAACUGGCCGUUUCCCGAGACACUUGUCAUCAGAGAGCACUUAGACAGAAAAGAACA